ACAACAGCAACAGACAGCGAACGCGUUAGUUUAAAGCUCUACAAAAAAAACAAAAUUCAAGACCAAGUGUAAAAGCAAAUGUGUCAAUGAAGACACCGGACACCAAAGCGAAGCUACUAAAUAAUUUAAGUCUCUCCAAGCACUUAUCCUCAAAGAAGGGAGGCUCUCGCACCAGCAACAGCGCCAAUUGUCUGGAAUUCUCCGUGCUCACGCUGCUAACCAACGUGCCCUGACUAACUAGCAAAGCAUCAAGCUAUAUUUGACCUUAAUCCCAAACUUAAUACACAACCACCAACAAGAUGGUCCAUCAGAAUCGCACACCCAGCAAGGCCAUACCCGCCAAGCAUUUGAGCCCGAUGCGCAACCAGGACAUGCUCCAGGGCAAAUAUGCCGUAUCCAGCAGUCCCGUUGAUAGUUUCCUGCGCAGCAACAGACUCGGCGUAGGCAGCAGCAGCGGCAGCAGCAGCAGCUCCGCUGGCAAUUACAAAUACAACAACAUGGUCAACAAUCAGCGCGAGCAGUUCAAUGCACUGCAUUUCUGCUAAGCAAACAUAUUGAUGUAAUGAUUACAUAUGCAAUAAAUAUACUAAUACAACAAAAAAUUCAUA